AUGUCAGGCAUCAGACGCGCCCUCUCAAAAAUCCGUGGGAAACAUGAAGGUGUUAUCAGCGAUGCGGACAGCAGCGGCAGCGUCUCGCACUCCCAUUCCCCGCGCCGCUCGCUGGUCGGCUUCCUGCGCGAUCGUGACGAAAUCUCCUCCUCUGACGAUCUCUCAGACGACUCGUCAGGCCCAAUGAGUAAAAAUCAACAAAAACGACUCGCUCGCCAACAAGCUCGCCACGCCAAGUCUCGUCUGAGCGAGGAACAGAGAAAUGACUCUGAACAACGCCGUAUCGAAAAGGAAGUGGAGAUCGCGCGUGAAGAGACUCCCGAAAUGAAGGCGCGAUAUGGCGAUUUGCCGCUCGUGCAGAGUCAGGAACGGACUGGAGAAUCGCGUUUGAAGCUAAUUGAUAUUUCGACCGAUCUGAUCGGCAAGGAAGUCUCCUUUACUGCUCGUCUGCAUAUUGUUCGUAACAUGAGCGCCAAGCUCGUGUUUUUGGUUUUCCGUCAGCAACUCACAACCUUUCAAGGUGUCCUUCAUGCCGAAGAAGGCAAGAAGUCGCUAGGUAUGGUCGAUUGGGCCGAACACCUGCGAACCGGUACCAUUGUUCGCGUCCGCGGUAUCAUGCAGUCUCCAGCCGUCCCAGUUUUGGGCUGCACCUACCAUGAUGUAGAAAUAUCCAUUGAACAACUUCACGUCGUUGUACGUCGUGAAGACCCUGUUCCUUUCUCAGUCUACGAAGCUGAGAUUCGCACUGAAGAAGAAGAACGCGUCGAGGGUCGUUAUAGCCACAUUUCCGAUCGCACGCGUUUGUCCAAUCGUAUUCUCGAUCUUCGAACUGGUACUGCUCAAGCUAUCUUUCGGCUGCAGUCAGCCGUUGGCAACCUCUGGCGUGCUGCUCUCGACGAGCGAGGUUUCAUUGAAAUCCAUACCCCCAAACUGCAAGGCUCCGCGACAGAGUCCGGUGCAAGUGUGUUUGAAUUGAACUAUUUUGGUCGCUCUGCUUUCCUUGCUCAGAGCCCUCAAUUGGCCAAGCAGAUGGCAAUCGCUUCUGAUUUUGAGCGCGUGUAUGAAAUUGGUGCCGUGUUCCGAGCCGAAAACUCCAACACUCAUCGUCAUUUGACUGAAUACACUGGACUCGAUAUCGAAAUGGCCAUCGAAGAACACUACCACGAAAUGCUCGAGACCAUCGAUGCCGUCUUGAGAAACAUCAUCUCUGGAAUCUACAGCAAGUACCGCCGAGAAGUCGAGGCCGUCAAACAUCAAUUUCCCUCUGAUGACGUCGUUCUUGCUGAAAAGACUCCCGUCAUCCCAUUCCGCGAAGCUGUCGAGCUUCUCAACGCUUCUGGCUGGCGCAGUGAGGACGGCGAGCUGGUUUCCGCUGACGAGGACUUGCACACCCGCGACGAGAUCCGACUGGGAGAGUUGGUCAAGGAGAAGUACGGCACCGACUACUACAUCAUCGACAAGUUCCCCGUCUCCGCUCGUCCCUUCUAUACCAUGCCCGACCCUAACGAUUCCCGCUAUACCAACUCUUUCGAUAUUUUCGUCCGUGGUCAAGAGAUCGUCUCGGGUGGUCAGCGUAUCCACGACGCCACAAUGCUGGAAGAAAACAUGAAAAAUGUCGGCAUCAACCCAAGCGACAUGGAGGACUACCUCGAAGGCUUCCGCUGGGGCGCACCACCCCAUGCCGGUGCUGGCGUCGGUCUCGAACGUUUCCUCAUGCUUUUGCUGAAACUCGGCAACAUCCGUCUCGCCUCUCUCUUCCAUCGCGAUCCCAAGAGCUUCCCACCCAAGCCUGCUAUCCUUCAACUUCGCCAUCCCGAAUCCUCUACCGUCGAACCACCCUGGCAGAAAGAAGAACGCGGUCGUAAAGUCAACGACGAAAGUGAAUAUCAGCCUCUUGUCGAGCUCAUUGCCAACUAUGGCGAUGCCACAUCCACAUCCUGGACAGACGAACGAUACCAAAUCUGGCGAGACCCCUUCACCGGUGCUGCUGUUUCGUACAUCCCCAGCUACAACUAUGCCAUCAUUCCUGGCGACCCACUCUGCGACCCUGGUCAAUACAACCGAGUCAUCAGCUCGUUCCUGCAUUGGCUCAAACGCGAGACCAAGCUUAAACCCAUCUGGAUCUUGAUUUCGCCUGCUGUUGAGGAAGUUCUUGGCGAGAAACUGGGAUGGCGAAGUUUGUCCUGCAUUGCUGAAGAGCGCGUUGACCCCAGUCGUAACUUGAUGGCCUCGGAUACCGAAGUCGCGCGAAAGAUUCGACAUGCCGAGAAUGAGGGCGUCAAACUUGUCGAUGUGCCUCACGGAGACCUGCCAUCGGAUGAGAUCCGAGCUAAGAUUGACCAACGUAUCAAGGACUGGCUUGCCAACCGCAAGGGUACCCAGAUCCAUCUCUCAGAAAUCGCUCCCUGGCGCGACUAUGAGCACCGCUGGUACUUCUAUGCCACCGACAAGGAUGGAAAUAUCGCUGCAUUUGUCGCUCUGGCCACGCUCGCCCCUCGUCAGGGUAUGCAAGUGAAAUACAGUCUCGAUUUCCCAGAUUCCCCCAACGGCACAAUCGAGCACAUCGUCACCCACGCGAUUCAGACCGCAGCUAGGUCAGGCGUGAAAUCACUCACCUUCGGUGCUGGUGCAACGGCCCACUUGACACCCGGCCACCACAUGAAGGGCGCCAAAGUGCGUAUGCUGCAGCAUACCUACGAGGCAGUCGCUAAACAGUUCCAUCUAACGCGCAAGAGUGAGUUCCGUAUGAAACUGGGUGCGCACGAAGAGCCGCUGUAUAUUGCUUAUCCGCCUCAUGGAUUGGGCUCGCGCGGUAUUCGUGCUAUUAUGAAUUUCUUCGAGGAUUAA